ACAAGUAACACAGUUGGCUAUGACACAGGCGCCACAGCUCCCUGCUUCCCCUCCCUCUCACAGAGCAUAAAAGAGGGAACCGUGGGAAAGCUAUGGCUUGGUCUUAACCACAGGCAGAGCUGGAGGAGGGAACAGUGUGUGAGGAGUCAGGCAGGAAUAUAGACUGUGAGCCAGUACAGAAGACACAGACUAGAAGCCAACAUUUGACCACUGCAGCCAUGAAGAGGACUCAUGAGUACAGCUCCUCUGACAGUGAGCUGGACGAGAAUAUUGAAGUGGAGAAAGAAAGUGCUGAUGAGAAUGGGAACCUGAGUUCAGCUCCAGGAUCUAUGUCUCCCUCUACAUCUUCCCAAAUAUUAGCCAGGAAGAGACGCAGAGGGAUCAUUGAAAAACGUCGCAGAGACAGGAUUAACAACAGUUUGUCUGAGCUUAGAAGACUGGUUCCCAGUGCAUUUGAGAAACAGGGAUCAGCAAAACUAGAAAAAGCAGAGAUUUUACAGAUGACCGUGGAUCAUCUCAAGAUGCUGCACACCGCAGGGGGCAAAGGCUAUUUUGAUGCCCACGCUCUUGCAAUGGACUAUCGAAGCUUGGGAUUUCGGGAAUGUCUUGCUGAAGUUGCCCGUUAUCUGAGCAUUAUUGAAGGUCUAGAUACUUCAGACCCUCUGAGAGUGCGACUUGUCUCUCAUCUCAAUAAUUAUGCCUCCCAGCGGGAAGCUGCAAACAGUGCUCACAGCAGCAUUGGACAUAUUCCCUGGGGUGGCGCUUUUGGACAUCAUCCCCACAUUUCUCAUCAACUUCUUCUGACUCAGACCCCUCAUACCAGUGCAAGCAGCACACCAUCUUCUACAGAACCUCAUCAUCAGAGCAGACUUCCUGGUUCACCUCACGCUGAAUCCUCCUCACUGCGAGUUCCCCCUAAUGGGAACUUAGCGUCAGUGCUUCCAGUUAUUGCAUCUUCAAAACUGUCUCCUCCACUGUUGUCGUCUAUGGCAUCACUGUCUGCAUUCCCUUUUACCUUUGGAUCAUUUCAUUUAUUGUCACCAAACGCACUGAGCUCCACAGCACCAGCACCAACAGGCAAGCCAUACAGACCUUGGGGCACAGAGAUUGGGGCUUUUUAAUACAUGAAUAAGAACUGAUCCAGGUGGACUGUACAGAUUUAACAUGCCCAGCUGUGCUGGGCUUUUAAAGACGUUUCCAAUGUAUUUGCUAACUUGUGUGGCACAAUGGUACCAUUACCCAUAAGCUGAUUGUUGUUUUUUUAAUAGAAUUUUAUAAAAUUAGUAACAAAUGAUUGCUAAAACUAGUACACCUCUCAUUACACUAGUGGUGUAACAGAAAUUGAAAUAUAUAUAUGUGCUUAAUAUUUAAAUUGCCUUGUAAAGUACUUUCACUUUAUCUGAAUAAUUUAGGGUUUUCAUUCAUUUGUUACAUUACUGUUUGACGUAUCCCAGGAGCCUGCAAGCCACAGUUCCAAAAUUCUAAAUAUGGCUGCUAAGUUUUUGGAUUCUUUUAAAUACAAUCGUAUAUAAAUUUAUUCCCUGGCUCCUAAAAUUUAAUACAGGUGGCUUUUCAGUAUUCUGGAUGGCUACUAAGUUGACAAAUUUGUCAACCCCUGUUACAUUUUUUUUUCCUUUUUCUAAAGAUGUGUCUUAGUCUAACUUCACCACAUACUAAUUUCAGCAACAAUGCAGUGACUUCUGUUAUUUUAAUAUUUGAAAUUGCAAUGUUUUAUAAGGAAGUUCAUUCUUAUCUAAAAUAUAUUUUAAGUUUUAUAUUUCCAGGCGUUGACAAAUCAGAUUUUUGAGCUUUAUACAAGGGAGAAUAGCAAUGCUCACUUCAGUGGUUAAAAGGAUGUUAAACACAGAUAAAGUGGUUGUACAGUAGAUGCCAAUAGCAUAGUUAUUUGCACAUAAAUCCGGAAUAUACAUUUCAACAAAAAAAUCCUAUUUUCUAUUGUAUUUUUUUAAUCUAAUGCACUAGAAAGUUAUUUAACAAGUAGAAUAAUUUAAGACAGAACCCACUAUGUGUAUGUAUAUAAUUCAUUGUGCAUGGAUGCUUCAUUAACGAAAGAGGUGGGCUCUACUGUACUGAGAUUAAUCACUGUACGGGUCUAUUGUGACUAAAUAAAAGACUCAAAGUGUGUUAUAUUGA